AUGCCGGUCCGCUAUGCGACAUAUGAAGGCAUUAAGUUCCCCCCUGCCUACAACUCCGAGCACAGCUUGAGUUUCGCCCACAAUGAGUUCCUCGUGUGGGACGGUGACAUCUUCAAUGUCACCUACCCCAAGUCUGGCACCAUGUGGAUGACCAAGAUCCUGAGCCUCAUUUGCAGCCACAGCUGCCCUAUCUGGAGCCGAACCCCCUCAGCUACGCCCCUGCCUCACCUGCUGACCUGCUACCUCCCCAGGCACAUCUUCCCCAAGUCCUUCUCCCAUUCCAGCACCAAGGUUAUUUACACCCUACAGGAUCCUCGAGAUGUUGUCAUUUCCUACUACUACUUUUCCAAGAUGUGCAACAGCUAUGAGGUUCCCACAUCCUUCAAGCAAUUCCUGAGGGACUUUCUGAAUGGAAAGCUGCCCCGUGGCUCCUGGUUCAAACAUGUCCAAGGCUGGAUGGAGAUGAAGGACACAGAGAAUUUCUUCUUCAUCACCUAUGAAGAGCUGAAGCAGCUAGACACCUAGGACCUGCACAGCAGUGUGAGACGUCUCUGCCGGUUCCUGGGGCAGGAUUUGGAUGAUGAUGCUGUCUCCUCAGUGGUGCAAAAUGCCUCCUUCAUGGCCAUGUGGGAGAACCCAAUGUGCAGCUCCAUCCUGCUCCCCGCAGACAUCAUGGACCAGACGAAGGGCCAGUUCCUGAGGAAGGGCAUCUGCGAGGACUGGGAUAACCACUUCACAGUGGCACAGAGUGAGACCUUCGACAGGAUCUACCGGGACAGGAUGCAGGGCCAGAGCGUGACCUUUCCUUGGGACAGCAUUAGGAUUUGUCCCUAUCUGAAGCCAGAUAAGCACUGGGUAUAA